AUGGUUCAGUAUUUCGCUGUUUUGUUGAUUCUCUGUAUUUCUGGGGCAUCAAUGGGAGCAAACACCUCACCUCAGCAACAAAACACUGCAAAUUUAAAAGACUUAUGCGAGGUAUUUGCGAGGUAUGAAAUAAUUAUUUUGUUUUUGCUGACAUUUCUGGGUUAUUUCUCGGGCAGUGCGUGAGAAAACAUUGCAUGAAAAAGGUUUGCUGCGAAGUAUAUACUGGCGCGAUCUAAAGCCCCCUUUUUCAUAGCCUACAGUGCUUCCUCUGUGCCUUAUUAUUUUUUUUAGUUGAUGUUAGUGUUGAUAUUUGUCCAAUUUUGGUCUCACGUCUUGUAAGAGGGUUUCAAUCGGGUGGUGGCUUUUACGGUUAUCGGCUAAAAUUUUGGCUCUUUUACGGCUAUCGGUUAAUUCUUUUUGAGUUACGGUUGACAAAAUUUAAUUAAUUUCUUUCGUUUCAAAGAGUUAAAUAUUAAUAAACCUGUAUUCUUUGUAUCUUCAAAGCAAAAUAAAGGUCUUAGGAUCAUCACGGGAUAAAAUGAAGUUAUUCUUUUGAAAAAUUUUAGCAUUUGAUAGAUCACACUAUUUAUAAAGUAUUCCAUUUUAAAUAUUAUUUCACGCAUAGAAAUAGAGAGUCAAUAGUCAAUGUAAAAUAAUCUUUGCGAAAAAGCAAAAGCAGACACGCGAACGCCUAACUCAAGGCAGGGGGAGGAAAAAUUAAUCAUGACAGAAAUGGCUGUUUUCACACUACAGGCGGAUGUGAGAUAAGUUGUCCGUUUGAUAAUUCGCGUCAGAUAGGUAACACGUCUUAAUUUGAAAUGGAAAGGGUUUUGAUUUUAAAUUAACAAUCCUCCUGACUUUAUCCGUCAAUUUCGAGGGACAGUUUGAAGACGGGAUUAUCCGUUCCAGAUAGCCUGUGUACAGCCGCCCCCUCCCCUCCGAAAAAAUCGGAGAAGGGGUGUCUGUCGGAAAGGGGGCGACUGUACACAGGCUAGUCUUAGACGGAUAAUCCAUGUCUACCUCUAGUGUGAGAACGGCCAAAACCAAAAUUCCCGUGACCAGUGUUUUUAAUGAUAGCGAAGGACUGUACGGAACGACUGUCUGCCGUUACCCGCUUGUCCGUAGGCCCCAUUAUUCCGCGCGGCUAAUGCUUUUCGGGUCACGUGGUCCGAGCGAGUUUGCCACCGAAAUGCCUUGCCCGAGAUUGCGUGGGGCCCGAGAUUGCGUGGGAAGAAGCCGUACAGGGACUAGGCAUGGCAAUGUCAACCGUAGCGUCAGGGAAAAACGGGAAAUGUUGUUUAUCGGCAACGUGUUUUACAAACAGUGACAUCUCUAGCUGCGUGUUGUUUCACUAGUGUUUCGAGGGCACGACCUUCUGAAAAUCGCAAAUAUUAAUCCCCAGCAAAACAUUAAUCCAGUUUCGCUAUGGAAAAAAAAAAUAGUUCCCCGAGAGAGCGGUGGAAAUGGAACCUAGGUCUUGGUCAACACCUAAAAGGCGCUUCACCUAACGUGCGCACAGAGUCACACUAGCCGGGAAAUAAAAAACUCAACCAUAAGUGAGUUUAGUACCUUCCUUAAAAGUAGCAAAUCUAGGGAACAAUCAGUCUUUUACGGUUAACUCCUUUUUACCCUAUUUACGGCCAACGGUUAAAAUUUUUCAAUUUUUACGGCUAUCGACUAAAUUUUUGGCCGUUUUACGCCUGUCGGUUAACCCCAUUGAGACCCUCUUGCAAUCAGAUUUUUCCACCCUUCUACACCUCUGAGAGGUGUAGAACUAAGUAUAUAUAAUGACAAAGUGUUCCUGACUAAGGGGAAAAGUACGACAAUAUCAGACUUUUCCAUACUUCUACACCUAUUGCUAAUGUAGAAUUUGGAAUGAAAUAGGAAAGUAGGGUUCAUUCACACUUCCACAUCUCAGGGAAGUGUAGAACUAAGGACGGAAAAGAAAAGUAGGGAUAUUGUGGCCAGCUGGACAUUUCUGAUCUUUUAAAUAAUUUAUUUCUACGCCUCUCUCGGUAAAAGACGGGUUUCGUUAGCCGGUCGUAUCAUAUCAAUAAAAUUAUGGCGCUGUGCUUUUCUCAUUGACGUGAUUUAUUAUUACUAUUAUUAUUAUUAUUAUUAUUGUUAUUAUUAUUAUUAUUAUUAUUAUUUAUUAGUACCAUUUUUUUUUAUUUAGUACAUUAGUAGUCUUACAAGCCAUUUGACCCGAUCACUUUAUCUAUCGUUAUUAGUAGCCCUUUCUUAAAUAAGCGCAUGAUAAAAAAUUCAUUUUAAUUUUCAGAAAUCUAUCCUGGGUCAUGGUUUUCCCGGCGUUCCAGGGUCAAAUGGCAUGCCUGGAAUGCCGGGCAUUCCGGGGCCGCAAGGACCCCAGGGAAGGGAAGGUGCGAAAGGACAGAUCGGUGAUAAGGGAUCGCAAGGAACGCCGGGUCGAAGAGGAGACAGAGGGCGCGAAGGGCCCCCUGGGAAGAGUGGACCCCAUGGAAUAAAAGGCAUAAAAGGUGAAACGGGACUGGUGGGAAUGAAAGGAGAGCGAGGCAUUAUAGGAAAUCAAGGGAGAAAAGGAGACAAAGGAGAGAAAGGAGAAAGCGCCAAAGCAAGUCAAGCAAGUGUAGUACCACAAACCAACUGGAAACAAUGUGUGUGGAAAUCAAAAAGCCAUACUAAUAACGGAAGGAUUGAGGUAAGCAAGAAAUGCGCUAAAUAAUUGCCAUAGAUCACAAGAAGAGUAGACGAUCUCAUUCGAUAGAAAAAGGUAGAAAAUUUAAGAUUUUGCUGAAAUUAAUUUGGAGUCAAAUAAAUAGCUCUGAGAAGAUAAAUCUCCUUCCCCUUCCCCUGAUCAUCACUUCGUUUAACCUCCGAUUCAGUUGAUAACUAUUUCCGUUCCCAUUUAGUGUUAUAAGAAUAGAGGCGUUACUAAAUAGAUUUUGAUUGUUUUCCAGGGGUGUGCUUUUAACAAAUUGAAGUCUGAUUCAGCGCUCAAAGUCUCAUUCCAGGGAAACAUGAGGGUCUCUGGUGAUAAUCAGUGUAAUCGGUGGUAUUUCAAGUUCAAUGGAAACGAAUGUAGUGGACCAAUGACGAUUGAGGCUGCUGUUUACAACGACUGGACAUCAGAGAACCCUAAUCUGUUGCAUCAUCGGUCCUUUGAGGGAUACUGUGAAAACAUUCCACAAGGGGCAGUUAGAGUGGAAUUAUGGGUAGGACAGUGCGGUGGCCACACCCUGGGUAGUGCCGAAACUGGGUGGGAGUCAGUGUCCCGGAUAAUGAUAGAAGAAGUAUCUAGGCCCCAGUCCUAA